AUGAAAAAUGGGCCACAAUUAUAUUAUGGACCCACUUUCAGGGAAGAACAACUUGAUUCUAAGUCAGAUGAUUCCAACAACGACGAUUUGCACAUUUUGAAAGAUGAAGAAUCCGUGGAUAACAUCAACUUCCCCGAGCUAUCAGUUGAAUCCAUAGCGUCUGAGGAAUUAAGAAACCCAGUUUUGAAUAAAAUCAGCGCUUGCGACACCAUAGACUCCCCAAUCAGACUAGAUACGGCUGAACAAAAACCAUACGGGUUUUCUUCACUCAAAACUGAAACAUUUGAUAAUAAUUUUAAGGAUAUACAUAGAUUGAAACGUAAACAUGAAUUAUUGGCCUUAUCUAAGAGGACAUUAUACAGCAAGUUGUAUACACCAAAGCUGGAAGCGUUACAGAGGCUUGUAGAGCCUGGGAAAUACUUAUUAAACAAUCAUUUUUACUACAAAGAUAAGAACUUAUCUACUAGUUCAUUUGCUAACUAUAAAAGAUGCCUUCCAAAUAGGUUGGAUUCAAAUAACUCAGAGAGUAUUACAAAAACGGAGGAUAUAGACCCUUUAUAUACAUUUGAUUCGAGGUCAGACACAGCAUUUGCAAGUUCUAACAGAAACUUCCCACCUGACUUCAACUCCAAUUUUGACUUCCUAGACUUUGACAAAUUUAGCAGAGAGUCAGGAGACGCAUCGCUUUGUGACACAGAAUCGUAUAAUAAGCCACAACUUGAUUCAUUUCCAGUUGAAACAUAUACUUUGAAUGAACAUUUGCCAAGGUCUGAAUAUAAAGAUAAUUAUAAAAGUAUCACAAAACGGCAAGAAUCUGUAGAAAAGUCGGAUGUAUCUGAUAAGCCAAAACAACAAGCCCCAAAUGUCUUAACCUUGAAAUCCUGUGAUGAAUACGUAAAUGGAAAGAAAAAGAAAAGAGUACAAAUACCAGUAAAUGCCUACAAAUCAACGUUAUCUGGUGAUGGAACAAUAGAUAAGUCACAUAAAAUCGUUUUAAAGUUUGUGUCACACGAUUCGGAAGAAUUUCAUUAUGAGCCGAAAAAUCUAUUAGAACUUAUAGAAGAAAGACUUGAAAGUAUAGCAAACUCAACAGAGUUAUACGGAGAUAAAAUAAUUAACCCUGAAUUCAUAAUUGACCAGCUAGAGUCACUUCGGCCGCCAAACAUGGAUAGAGAGUUGUUUUUAUUGCUAUGCCUUAAGCCAAUUGGCAUGGGAUAUAAUGAAUAUUUUAAAAAUUUUAGUGAAAAUGACUUUACAGAAGUGUUGAAUCAGCUGUACAGUUUUAAUUUACUAAACACUAACGCCAUGGGAUAUGUACUCGACGCAGAAUAUGAAAUACUUAAAGAGUUCAAUAGACUGGGAAGAAUUCAUCAAAAGUUGAUUAACGAGGAUAUGAUAUACUCAAAGAUCUUGGCAACGAUGCAAGAAAACUUCAUGUCGCAAGCAGAAGAUCUCCUAAAGACAACCAGGCAGGAUUUGAGAUUGGAAGUAGGCUACUCUCACCUCAGGUGGGGAAGAAUCAAAAACGUGCUGUCCUGGAAACCAGGUGACCCAAUACUAAGAGAGAAGGGAUUCGUACAGGAUAUGGCCUCAACCAUGAAGAUGAAAACAUUGCAAAGGAUGGAGCAAGCUUUUGGAACACAAAGUGCGUCAUCCGCUUAUUCUCCAAGCUCACAAUUACCGGCGAAUGAAGCACACUAUAUCUACUACAUCAAGACAUUGCAAAGCCUGGAAGAGACGGAACAAGAAAUGUUACAGUUACAGGUGUCUAGAGACAGAAUGCAAACACUAUCUGAGUUCUCAGUGAUUGGGCCAUACCACAAGCCAGAGAAUUCACUUCCGUGGAAGUGCAUAGGACUCUCGUGUAAUUCAGUAGUCUGGAAGAUGUAUAAUAUUGUCGAGUGCACGCCUAUAGUGUACAAAUUCAGAACAUUGAACGACGUGACCCCUGAAGUCACAACAAAAAUCGAAUGUUUGUACAACUCGGUUUUGGACAAAUUGAAAGAUUUAAAACUAAAAUUGCCAAAGAGGAGUCAAAUUAUAUUCUCAAACUCAGUAAAAGUGCAUAACAACUGUGUGGUUGAGCAAAUCCAGUUCAUUAAACAUUCGCCAUUCUCACUCUUGCUGGAAAAGUCAUCACAGUUUAAUUCGUCGGAGAGGUUAAGGCAAACCCAGGUGGUAAUCAGAGAGGUUGUAAGAAUGGUUAAUUACAUGAAGGACCUUAAAUUCAUUCUUCCACUAAAGUCAAGUAGAAUUUACUUCAAUAAUGGAGGAGUUAUACUAUCAGGAGGAGUACCGCUGUCACUUCUCGGAAGUGAGGGGGUAUCACUGCUUAAAAAACAUUCUGUUCAAACAAUCGCAACGCUUCUUUGGGGGAAGAACAUUGAAUGGUACCUACCGCCAGAGUCUGAAGGGGACCCAUCCUAUACCCAGGAUCCAUUAAUGGUUUCUAAAGCGCACACUUGGAUGAUAGGGAAACUGUUAUAUGAAUCAAUUUGCCUGUCAACAACAAAUAAACACGAGUUGGACUAUUCUAAGAUUGAAUUGUGCGAACAUGAAGAUACUAGAGAGUUUAUGAAGACAUGCCUGGAACAGAAUCCAGACGAUAGACCAACAAUAGAGGCUUUAAUGACAAUGCCUUACUUAAAGAAGGUUAAAUUGAACUACGGAACUUUCGUUCCGAUGGACGUACCGAAGGUCAGAUGCGCAGUGGAAUUCCUAGGUGAUAUAGAGACGAUAGUGCUGAAUAAAAUGAGGAAAACAGAAAAGGGAGUGGCGGACUACGAACAAUACGACGAAGGCGAAAUUAAGUUUGUAGAAAGCAACGAUGAAAAUCUUGUUCUCCUCAACAGUAACGAUAAAUACUUUUAUCACAAGAAUCUUUUAAACCUUUAA